AUUGGACAGUCUACUAGUUUGUUGCUUUGUCUCAGUACGCAUCUAAUAAUCUAGCUGUCCCCUUGCUGUUGCCUCAACUUUUAGUCCACCAGCCCGGCUUUUGGCGCAAGCCCAGGCCUACCGCCAUCAUGCCGGGCUCUUUCCUAUAUUCAUCAGCCUUUGUCGGUUAACUUAUUGACUAGCCGCCGUAGUUUUAGCGAAAAUGUUUUGGAAAGUCACUGGGUUUUCCCAGCCGUCUCCUGUAGAGCAAAUCCUUGAUAAGGAGGAGUUCACGCUUGAGGAGCUGCUGGAGGAGGAUGACAUUGUGCAGGAAUGCAAGUCCCUAAAUGGCCGUCUGGUUGCAUUUUUGCGCGAACGGAGCACUGUGGAACAACUCAUACGGUACAUGGUCGAGCCGCCUGGGGAGCUUGACGACCCUAAGCGCACGUACAAGUACCCUUUCACUUCCUGCGAGGUCUUCUGCUGCGAGGUGGAGGCAGUCUUCAACACCCUGCUGGAGGAUGCGGACCUCAUGCGCCUGCUCUUCUCUUUGCUCGAUUCUGAUCCGCCCCUGUCAUGCAAGACAGCAGGCUACUUCGGGCGCGUGGUUUCGCACCUGUUGCUGCGAAAGACAAACGAGAUGAUGCAAUACUUCCAGGAGAACCCCCACUUCCUGGAGAAGCUUGUCAACCAUGUCGACACAACCUCAGUCACAGAAAUUGUUAAGCGCCUGGUUGGCGCCGACGAGCAGUCUAGCAUCAUGUUCAUGCCGAGCUACGCGCAGUGGCUAGCGGACACGCCGCUGGUGAACCUGCUGCUCAACCGCCUGGGGUCCAGUCACUCUGUGGAGGUGCAGACCAACGCCGCGGACAUCCUCUCGGCGAUCGCACACACGCAGCCUUCCCCGCUGGCGGCAAAGCUCACACACGAGGAAUGCAUCGGUCAGCUGUUCCAGCACGCGCUGCAGCCGGGACGGCAGGUGCUGGUGGCAGCUCUGGAUGUCUGCAUCGCGUUGCUGGAGCCCAAGCGCAGCAACCCGGACCUCCUCACCGACGGCUCGCCGCUGCAGGAGUCGGUGCGGCGGGCCAAAUCGGAGGCAGUAGCAGCCAUCGUGAACCACCUGCCCAGCCUAGUGGCUCUGUUGCAACAGCAGGACGGCGCAGCAACGCUCGAUACACCCUACGGGUUGUUGUCGCCGCCGCUGGGGCGUGCGAAGCUCAAGGUGGUUGAGCUGAUGGCUGUCUUGCUCCGCAGCGGCGACGUGGUGGCAGAGCGCGGCCUCAUAGCCAGCAACAGCGUCCCGGUGUGCCUGGAGCUCUUCCGCAGCUACCCCUUCAACAACCUCUUGCACCACAGCGUGACUUCGAUGGUGGUGGCGGGCGUGGUGCGGCCGUCUGAAAGCCUCAUCCCGUACCUCUUUGAGCAUUGCAAGCUGCUGGACUGGCUUACAUCGCUGCCCACGGAGGUGCGCCCGGCGCCGCGCCCCGGCUUCGAGGUGCUGGCGGCCAACAAGCCGAUCUUGCGGGCGGGUUACCUCGGGCACGUGAUUCAAAUCGGUAGCACGCUCGAGGGCGUCGCCAGCGCGAGCGCAGGCAUUAUGGCGCAGGAGUCGGUGAACAAGGCGGCUGUGGAGGCGUACCUUGCGGCGCAUGCAGGCUGGCAGCAGUGGCUGGCGAACGAGCUGCACCCGCGGCAGGAUGUGGAGAACGUGUCCAAAUGGCAGUGCGGGCGGCCAGCGGCGACGGACUUGGCUGGGAUAGACAGCGAUGGGGACGAGUACCAGAAUGACAUGGACUUGGGCGAGAUCCAGGGCAUGCAGCCAGCCUUGUACCACCGGUAUAAUGUCGUGGACGAGGGCGAUGACGACGACGAGGAUGACGACGAUGACGCGGGCUAUAAGGGCGCGCCCAUGUUUGAGGCGGUGGGCGGCGGAGGCCUGGGGGGGGACGGCUCGGGUGACGGCGACGCGUCUAACGCAGACCUAACGGAAGCGCUUAACAGCAUGAACUUGCGCGAUCGCGACUUGGGGGACGCGGCACCGAUGGAGGAGGCGGAGGCGUCGACGUCUCACGGCCAAGGGACACGACUAGGUGACGGGCCAACCGGCCAGGACGUGCAUAUUGACGACGACGAGGUGCUCUUGGCGACCAGCGAUGACGACGAGCCCGGCUUGCGAAGCGGCGGUGGCACCCCAGAGGCCGCCGAGAGCUCUGGCGGCGGCGGGGACGGGGACGGGGACAGCCAGCCUGCCAGCAGCACGGACAUGGUGAUGGG